UUCUAAAUCAAAAGGGAAAGUAAUAUUGCUCUUUGUUGUUCAUUAAAACUGCCCCAAAAGGACUAAAAUACAACGAGUCUUAAAUUGAAAAGGUGCUAUGAUGUCCAAAGUUUAAACCAUUUCCUUCCCUUCCCCUAUGAAAUUAUUCCUGAAUAUUGACUUCAAAUGGAAAAAGGUAAGGGAUGUCCAACUCUAAUAACUCAUCUUUCUCUUUUUAAAAGGCACUUUGAUCUUAAAAAGGAUUGAUUACAAAUUUGGAGGUUGACGAAGACCCACCAACCUACAACCAUAACGAGAAAUUUAUUUAUUUUUAAAAAUAUCCUGGCCACCAAGGCGCCAACCCAAUAAAUCCCACCAAUGGUUAAAUUUGAAGCUGCACUUGGUGGCAAUCCUCGCCUAUUUCGGCCUCCACGUGUCCCACACACAAUUUACUUAUACAGCCUGACAAUCCACAACUAACGUUUUUCCCCGCACAAAGGUCGUAACCUCUUCCCCCCAUUUUUGCUGCUCUUUCUUUACCGCCUCCGGUUUAAGCCGUUGGCUUCGUCGGAGGACCUCGAGAGCCAAGCUAAGGAGAUACAUCCUAUACGCUCUGAAGCAACGUCAGUCGCCCUGGUUCCUCCCGCGACAGCCAACGCCCACUCUCGCAUUGCUCACUCCUCCCUCACCCUCCAUACAUCUGAAUAAAUUUUUUAAUUAAUCAAUGGCGGAAGAAGAUCAAUCACAGCCCUUGCUGGUCUACCUUCACGGCGACCUCGAUUUGAAAAUUCUAGAAGCGCGUUGUUUGCCCAACAUGGAUAUGGUCUCCGAGCGUCUCCGCCGCUUCUUCUCGGCUUGCCGAAAGCCUUUUUCGAGUGGCACGCCGCACCACUCUCACCACAAUAUCAUCACCAGCGACCCUUACGUCACCGUCUGCCUAGCCGGAGCCACCGUCGCUCGCACGCGGGUCAUUUCCAACUCCCAGAACCCCGUCUGGAAAGAGCACUUCACGAUCCCCCUCGCCCACCCGGUCUCCCAAGUCGACUUCUACGUCAAGGACAACGACAUGUUCGGCGCUGAUUUAAUCGGCAUCGCAACGGUUUCGGCGCAGCGAAUCCUCUCCGGCGAAACCAUCAGCGGUUGGUUCCCGAUCAUCGGGCCAUUGGGCAAGCCGCCGAAACCAGACGCCGCCGUUAAGCUGGAGAUGAGGUUCACGAAAUGCGAGGACAAUCCGACGUAUCAGCAAGGCAUUUCAAAUGACGGGAUCCGAAAUUGUUAUUUUCCGGUGAGGCAAGGAGGGCACGUGACGCUGUAUCAGGACGCACACGUGCCGGAUUCAAUGCUAGGGGAGAUAGAAUUGGACGACGGGGUUGUGUUUGAGCACGGCAAGUGUUGGGAGGAUAUAUGCCAUGCGAUAUUGGAGGCACAUCACUUGGUGUAUAUCGUGGGUUGGUCCAUUUUUCAUAAGGUGAAGCUGGUGAGAGAGCCCACGAAGCCUUUGCCGAGCGGCGGGAAUUUGAAUUUGGGGGAGCUGCUCAAGUACAAGUCCGAAGAAGGCCUGCGAGUUUUGUUGCUGGUUUGGGAUGAUAAGACUUCUCACAACAAAUUCUUCAUCAACACGAAUGGAGUGAUGCAAACUCAUGACGAAGAAACACGCAAGUUUUUUAAGCACUCUUCGGUUUCAUGCGUGCUGUCACCUCGAUAUGCCAGCAGUAAGCUUAGCAUUUUCAAGCAACAGGUUGUUGGAACUCUGUUUACCCAUCACCAGAAAUGUGUGAUUGUGGAUACACAAGCAUCUGGAAAUAAUCGAAAGAUUACUGCAUUCAUAGGAGGUCUGGACCUUUGUGAUGGCCGCUAUGAUACUCCCGAGCAUCGACUUUUUCGCGACCUCGACACUGUUUUCCAGGAUGAUUAUCAUAAUCCCACAUUUUCUGGAGGAACAAGGGGUCCAAGACAACCGUGGCAUGACUUACAUUGCAAGAUUGAAGGUCCAGCUGCGUACGAUGUGCUUACUAAUUUUGAGCAGCGUUGGAGAAGAGCCACAAAGUGGUCGGAGUUAGGCCAACGCUUAAAAAAAGUAUCUCGUUGGCACGACGACGCUUUGAUAAAGUUGGAGCGGAUCUCAUGGAUACUUAGUCCCUCCCCCUCAACUUCCAACGACAAUCCCGCCUUACGGGUUUCACAUGAAGAUGACCCUCAAAACUGGCAUGUUCAGGUCUUUCGAUCCAUAGAUUCUGGAUCUCUGAAAGGAUUUCCUAAGGAUGUUUAUGAAGCAGAGGCUCAGAAUCUUGUUUGUGCCAAAAAUUUGGUAAUAGACAAGAGCAUCCAAACAGCAUACAUCGAGGCAAUCAGAUCUGCCCAACACUUCAUAUAUAUUGAGAAUCAGUAUUUCCUCGGAUCAUCAUAUGGAUGGCCUACUUACAAAGAAGCAGGUGCUGACAAUUUAAUUCCAAUGGAGUUGGCACUAAAGAUUGCAAGUAAGAUAAAAGCCAAUGAGAGAUUUGCAGUGUAUAUCGUCAUACCCAUGUGGCCAGAGGGUGUGCCCUCUUCUGCUUCUGUGCAAGAAAUUCUCUUUUGGCAGGGACAAACAAUGCAAAUGAUGUAUGAAAUCAUAGCAAAAGAGCUGAAAUCCAUGAACCUUGAGAAUGUUCAUCCACACGACUAUUUAAAUUUCUACUGUCUUGGUAAUCGGGAGAAGAUACCGGACACACUGUCCUGUGCAGUUAACAAAACUUCUGGAAAUGGAGAAUAUCACACGGUUUCGCCCUCCCAAAAGUUUCAACGGUUUAUGAUUUAUGUGCAUGCUAAGGGAAUGGUUGUAGAUGAUGAGUACGUGAUCAUAGGGUCUGCGAAUAUAAACCAACGAUCCAUGGCUGGUUCUAGGGACACCGAGAUAGCCAUGGGUGCAUAUCAACCGCAUCACACGUGGGGCAAGAAGAAGCGGCAUCCCCGUGGCCAGGUAUAUGGGUAUAGAAUGUCACUGUGGGCAGAACACUUGGGGAUGGUGGAUAGUUGCUUCAAGGAGGCUGGAAGUUUGGAGUGUGUGAAGCGAGUGAACUCGAUUGCGGAAGAGAAUUGGACGAAGUUUGUGGGAGAUGAGUUUGCAGCAUUACAAGGGCAUCUCAUUAAAUACCCAGUUGAGGUAGAUGUCAAUGGGAAGGUAGGUGCUUUGCCUGGACGAGAGAGUUUCCCUGAUGUUGGCGGUAAGAUCCUUGGAGCCCGUACCACUCUUCCUGAUGCACUCACUACUUAAUAACCUUACCAAUUAGGCAGGCUGGCUGGCCGGGUCCUCCAAUUUUCUCGCUUGUUUAUAAUUUCCACAUGACAAUUCUCUCACUUGUUUAUAAAACACAAGGAGGUUCUGCUUCUAAUUUAACAACAGGGGUGGGGGGGAGUACAAUUUUUACUUUUUUUUGGGUUUAUACACCUAAUCGUA